AGGGUAAUUGCUUAUUAAACGAUCGUUUUAAAUCGCUUAAAAAGUAAACAAAAUUUUCGAUCGAAACUUGCACUACCAUUAUGAACUCCGUUACUAAGAUUUUAAUGAUAUUCUCCAUCGCGGGCUUUUAUUCUCGACCAUUACUUCGGCUUUACAAGCCUACACACCAGGAGUACGCGAGUAAGCAAGUCCUGCAUUGUGUUCGACUAAAUAGCUGCGUUUAAACUGCGACGUUUUUAUAUCCUUGCCUUGGAAAUUUUUGUGGGUAAUUGAUACAGCCCAAAAUAUGUACGCGAGGUAUAAACACAGACCAAGAGUUGUACAGAGUAUAAUGCGACAAAACGAAAGCGGCCGCCUCGUGGUCUUCACUUCCAAUAUGUCGACCGAAUACUUCUCGAAAUUAGUAAGUGAAGAUAAACAGCAUUAUUCAAAAAAACUCACGCUUGCCAACGGAACACUCCUACGCGACCCUUUUUCACUGAAGGGAGAAGAUUGGAGCGACGAUGUAUCAUUGCUACCCGAUGUUACGCAUAUGGAUUUGUAUGUCUAUCUCAUCCAUACACCCAGUGAAUUUACAAAUGAAUCUUUGAAAGCUUAUAAAUCCUUAGAAGCUUACAACUUUUAUCUUUCUGGGCAUGUUCAAGAUGUUUAUUGCCACCUCUUGAAAGACGUUGAAUUUUGCUACAUUAAAUCCUCCGUACUACCUAGUCAGAGACAAGGACAAAAGCAAAAACUAUAUGAUGUAUGGAUCAUUUUACACACAAGUGGAUGGGUACUUUCAGCAAAUUGUACCUGCGUUGCUGGCCUUGGCUCGGCAUGCAGUCAUGUUGCUGCCCUUUUGUUCAAACUGGUUGCUUGUGCUACAUUGGAGUUAAACAAAAAAGCUUGCACAAGCAAAUUAUGCUCAUGGAAAAAAUCUAGAAAAAGAGCACACCCUGCACCUCUGAAGCACAUAAACUUCAAAAGACCAAAAAAAAGCGAAGUCCUGCCUACUAUAGACGAACCUUUUGAAGGUGAAUUGAAAGGAUUCACAUCAGUGGAUCCCUUGAAAUUCGUAACAGAAGAGGAAAAACAACAGUGGAUUUCACUCAGUCAAAUUGCUCCAGAUGCAGUUGUACUUAAAAAUAUAAGUCUGGAUUUAGGUGAAACAACACACCAUGAUGAUAGCGAAACAGAAACUGCGGAUGAAAAUGAAAAAAACAUUCUUCCUGAACCAUUGACAUACAUAUACGACUCCGCUGCCAUAAAUAAAAAUGAAAUAGAAAUAAAUAACAUUGCUCAAAAAAAUUACAAUCAAUACAAAUCCUCGUGCUUUGAUAUACAGUUUGAAAACUUGAAAAAAUUCCUGAUGGAUUAGUGAAGUGCAAAUGUCAUGGUCAGAGUUUAGUUGAGAUCAAAUGCCCAUUUAAAUAUAAAAAAAGUUUGAAGCUAUGGAGAAACGAUAAAAAUUGUCCCAUUGAUAAAGCUGGGAAAUUCAAAAAAAAUCAUGCUUAUUACUUCCAAGUACAACAUCAAAUGUUAGUAACUAAAAUGAAUUAUUGUGACUUCUUUGUUUUUUCACAAGGAAAGCAAGAAAAUGAUACUUUUCUGAUCAGGGUUACAAAAAAUGAACCAUUUUGUCGGAAACUUCGUGAAAAACUGGCCAUUGUAUUCGAAAAGGUUUUGUUACCAGAGCUUGUCACUCGGAAAAGUGAUCCCAAGUUACUAAAUGAAGAAAAGGUGUAUUGCAUACGCAGAAGACCAUCCUUCCCACCUAUGAUUGGUUGUGACAAUUUAGGCUCAUGUGACAUAGAAUGGUUCCAUUAUUCUUGUGUGAAGAUAACAAGAGCACCGAAAACUUGGCUAUGUUCUACCUGUCAGAAUAAUAUUAAAAAAAAAUAGUGUGUCACAUUAUAUCAAAGUAAUAUAUGUAAUAUAAAUAUAACAAUAUGUUAGUUGUGUGCGAAGUAUCAAAUUCUCUGUAAUAAUAUAUGUUAUAUAAUGCCUUUGUUCAAGUUCACCAAAGCACAUAUAACGAUAAACACAUCGUCCAAUAAAUCUACUUGAGUGAUAGGUAUGGUUGUGUUCAAAAUUUCAAACUUUCUCAAACGUCCAAUAACUCUCUCAAUGUGGAUUCGAACAUUGGCUAUUUUUCGAGAUCGAUCUACAUCCAUUGCUGACAUUUGUUCCUUCCCUCUGGUAAAUUCAGGUAUUUUUUAAUACCACGCCUCGUGUUGCCAACUCUUGCUCGAUAAGGAAUCCUCGAUCAGCCAAAACAAGAUCUCCAUUUUCGACUAAAUCCAAAAAACCACUUUUUAUUGUUAUUUCCUUAUCAGAGACUCUACCUCCCCAUCCUUCUGAUAGGAAACUAACACUUCCUGUUGGAGAACAUGCAACCAAAUACUUGAUGGUAUUAGUAUUCUUGUAAUUAGACCAUGUCUGUGCUCUGGCAUUGAGAUUUAAUGGACGUUGUAUGAAUAUCUCAGUGCAGUCAAUGAUGCAGCGACAACUUAGGUACUUUUUGAAACACUUCGGCAUAUGCUUACGUAUAGCUUCCUUCUCAGGCCACACAAUUAAAAAAAGUAAAGAUUUUGAUAAUACUUUAAGCAAGCUUCGAUAAAUUUUGGUGACCAUUUUGCAUGUAAUUCCAAACCUGAAAGCGAUAUCUUUGUUAUACAAGCCAAGUUUCAAUUUUACCAGGACAACAACAAGGUGAUCUUUCGGUGUCAAUAUUCUGCUGAUACGUUUCAUUUUAUUUUUGAUAAUUGCAAAUACCCAGUUGAAGCGUGCUUGGUCCAAUCCAGUAUAAAAAUAAAAAUAAUUUUUGUGACUUUUCAAAUGUCCAUAAUUUAGUUGGAAUUUUCUUGACAAAUUGUUUUUAUUUUUUAACUGAUGGAUUUCAGCCAUCCUGUUGACAAGUUCAUUUUGGAUGCUACAGUAUUUCCGAGUCACUUCCUUGAUGUUAUUUUCUUUUUCUUUAACAACAUUCUCUAUUUCUGUCACUUUUUGUUUUAAUUUUUCAAUCUCCAUAUCUUGUGGGCUUAGCUCUUCCUCCUCUGGUUCCAAAACUUCACUGGGCUCUUCCACAACAGGAAGAUUUGAGCGCUGCUUAACUCUCAGACGUGCACGUUGGAAUCGAUCCUGUUUCUCUUUCUUUUUUUCCUCACUCAUUUUUUUCCCAAUUCAGUCGAAAACUGAUGGCACAAAAUCAGGGCUCAGUGGGUCCUUUGAUUUUUUUCCUACAAAAAGAAUAGAAUAUUCCAUAUAUUCACAGUGACUAGAUGUGCAAAACAUUGACUUACUGGGAGUGAAAGAAUCUCAGUGCGGUAGUAAAUACGAGACAGGGAGGCCUCACCCAGAGGGGGAAAGAGGGAGUUUCAAACGUUUAUGGACAAGAGAAAUGAAUAUACAUACCAGAUGUGAAAUGCAGAUGGCAUACUUUAGCAUUUCCAAUUAGCUGUUCUGGCCAAUCCACCCUGCCAAUCGCAAUCAACCAUCUUUUUCUGACGUCUGGGUAUUUCUUCGAAGGAAUUCGAAAAAAACCACCACUUCCAUCGCCUUUCUUGCGUCUGUUCGUACAAUUCGGUACACAUCAACUAUCAGGCAUCCUUCCACAAUCAGUACUUCAACGUUUACGACGAAUAUUUUAAAUAAUUUUAAGUUUUUUCUCUCUAACUAUCACAACACGUCUUCCCUCUUCGAUAACUUCCUUAUGAAAGAACGAAGGCGCGGCUAAUGUUUUGCCUGUCGAUUUUUACGGCAAGCCGCGCAUGCGCAGAAGUGCCGAAAAAUGUAAACAUUGAAAUUCGUCUAUAUUGGUUUGUGUUGUGAAAACAUAACUUUUUUACCUUGAGGCUGUCUUUGUGAUGUUUCUACUGUUUGUCAUAAUACUUGCACUUCGCAGAGAAAUACACUUAUUUUCUGCUUCUUCCACAUUUAUGUCAAAGUGACCUUCAUACUUUUCCAAGUCACCAGCUCUGUAAGUACAAUUCAGCACCCCAAACUCAGAUAAAAGUUUAUAGUAUUUCAUUUUUUCACCUGUCACUUCAAUAACCACGCAUGGCAAACGAAGUAGGUCUGUGCUUGUCCUAUCCUUUGGUGGAAUGCGGACAGAAACGUUAUCUCGAACAACAAAGUAUGCUUUCCUAGAUUUGUGUUUUUUCUCAAACCUGACUUUCAUGAUAUUUUGAGCGCAUUUAAUGUUUUUCGAUGCAGGUUGACGCACUUUCUUAUGACGGUUUAUUGUUGCUAAAAGCAUAAAAAAUAUAGUUAGUUGAUAUUAGUAAUAUCAGUUACUAAAAUUUAAACUGAAAGUAUUAAAGUCAAAGUAAUAUUUUUUCAAACUUACUAACAAAAUCAUCUUCUUCAUUGUCAAUAGCAACUUGGUUAACAUUUUCCUCUUCUAAUUCCACAGCUGCAGAAAGUUCAGAGUUAUCAGUUUUUCUGUUAGGCAGAUCUGCAUCAUCUAAAUAAAUAAAAAAAGUAUAUGAAGAUAUUUUUGUUUUUGAAUGUAAAAAUUAACCACUUGUAUUUGUCCUGUAAUUGAUACCUGUAUUUCCCCCUUUAGCUACCAUGUGCUUUUGCUGUUCAUCUGUUGGCAGUGAAUGGAAAUCUAUGUUCUCGUUGUUAUCCAAGUUUGGAUCAUGUAUAAUAGAAGAUUUUCCUGUGGUUGGGAUGAUUGCAGAAGGAGGGCGCUGACCAAAGACCAAUUCAUACGGUGAUAUACCAGUAGCACUGUGGUUCUGAGUAUUGAUGGCAUAUAUUAUAAGAAAUACACAGUAUACAUGUAAGGUUUUCAUGCAAGUUAUAUUUUUAUAAUUAUACAACUGAAAGUCAAGUUGCCUACAACAAAUAUGUGGCAGCCACUUGCUCCAUUCUGCAGAUUCAUUUUCAGAUAAUUCUGUUAUUUUGGCUGCUAUUUUAGUCUCCACGUUUAUGUGGGCUUGUUCCACCAUGCCCUGACUUUGAGGAUGUCGUGGUCUCCCUUGUAUUAUUUGCACUUUUGAUGGCCAUGACUCUAGCAUUUCAUGUAGGCAUUUGUUCACAAACUCACGUCCAUUGUCAGAGUGAAAGAUACUGGGCGGACCAAAGUAGCAGAAAAUCUUUUCCAAUUCCACACGAAUGUUAAUUGCUUCUUUGCUUUUUAGAGGUGCAACAAAAUUAAAUCUGCUCCAGUAGUCGAUGGCAUGUAAAAUAUAUUUGUAAUCACCAUCAGGCAAAUGCAUCAUGUCAAUGAGAUCAACCUGAAAGGAUAAAAACUUUGUAAAGUUAAGAAACAUUGAGGCUGAACGAAAAAAGUGUUUCUUAUGAACACUCGUGAAUGAAUUAAUCUACACUUUCUAUUACCUGUAAACGCUUCAUAAAAUCAUUUGAUAUAAUUGGUUGUAAAGGAGGAGAUGUAAUUUGAUGUUGUUUUAAGUGACAUGUAGCACAUAGGCGAAUAAAUUCUUCGACGACGCAUCUUGGUAUUCCCUAAUAUAAAGAAGAUAUCUAAAAAAGUGUCAUCAAUGUCACAAAUAUUUUAAGCUUUUGUUAAAAAAAUUAUUUAAACAAAUACAUACCUUUGCCUGUGUUUUUUUACACCUGAGUGUAUUAAUGUUUUGCAAUGUAUUUCCUCUAUAAUCUUGUGAAAGUCUUCAACGUACGCUACACGAGCGAAACCAUCAGGUAUACCUUUCGAUACACCAUCUAUAACCUAAGAUAAAAUAAGAAAAUUUAAAAUUAACAGGAAAAAUUAAAAAAGACAACAGUAAAAAACUUACCGCAUUCUUGCAUGGAGCUAUUAAGAUAUCUCUUAAUCCAAGUGCUUCGUAUUGAAAUAUCUGAAACCUAUUUUUUUUGACAAAAAAUUUAAACUUUCUAUCAACAUUCUCCCUGCCAGAUUUUAAAACUUCACAAUUUUUUCCCCAACUUGCCGUGUCAUGACGGAACUUUUAAUCCGUUUACCGUCAGCUAGUUGAUAUUUUUUUAAAUAAUUUUAAAAUGUCUCUUCACUGUUUAACGAAGACAUCAUGUGUGUUUAAUCGCAGUUCAGUUGUAUCUGUUGCCUAAACACUUGCAAAAAGGGAUUUAUUUGUUUCUUUGUAUCAACUUCGUUUUUAACUGUAUUUUAUAUUGUAUAAGAAAUAAGCAGGAGGUCUAAGUACGACUUUAUCUAUCAUAAACUAACAGGUAAUUAGAACGUUUGGUCGUACCUCGUCCUUGCCUUUUGUUCUCAACCCCCUUACAUUUUUUUAAAGAAUUUUUAUGCGAACCUGGGCUCUAAGUUUGUGCGUAAUUGGUGGCAGCAGGUUCAUUAAAGAUUUUCAUUUAUUCGCGAUCAAUUUUGUGCUUGUGUAAAUGUCUUCAUGUGCUGUUUUUUUACUGUGUCCAAAGAUCGGCCUGCCCAAUCUUAGGACAGGACUAUUUUUUUGGCAUGGAAAAUAAUUGAUAGCAUCUAUUCGCCGUCAUUUCAGUACUCGAGAUAGUGCGUGAUAUUGGUCAACCAAGGAGAUCUGGUUUGAGGUCUUUAUCCUGUUUUUUUUACUGUGUCCAAAGAUCGGCCUGCCCAAUCUUAGGACAG